AACAGUUCGUGUCGCGUCCGGACGAGCGCCGAAAUGAACGCGAUUUUACUGCUCGCCAUGUUCUCCCUCGGCAAAGACUGCGUUUCGACCUCCGCCGCCACCAUCUUCAACCUGACCGUGGUUCGUGCGUUCGGACGAGACCCGGUUAACUUAACCUCAGUUGACGUCAUCACCCUAGAAGACGAUUCGUUCGCCCUAACGGUGGCGAACAACACGAUCCCGACCAUCUCCUCGAACUUGAUUCGCAUCACUAGGGAGCUAAGUGUGCUGAGCGUGUUGAAUAGCGGAGUGAGCGAGCUCGAACCCGGAUGCUUCCGCGUUCGCUCGAUCUUGAGCCUGCUGAAGAUCAGCUCAAAUCCGAUCGGCGCGAUCAAAAGGGGAGUCUUCGAAGGCGUCCGGGUGAAAGAGAUCGACUUGUCCGAGAACCGGCUCGCCACUCUAGACGGCGACGCUUUCGAUGACGUGGCGGAACUCGAAGCGGUGAAUUUGAGUCACAACAACUUGAAAGAGAUCGACUCGAACUGGUUCCGCAAUACCGGCGUCCACAAACUGGACGUCGUCUACAACGAGAUAUCGCGACUGCAGGCGGACGCUUUCAGAAACAUGGCGAAAACGAAAUCCCUGGAGUUGUAUUUGUCGGCGAAUCGGUUGCUCGAGAUCGAUCCGGACGCGUUUCGCGGCCACGACGCCGUCGACGUCUUCAGGUUCAACGGCAACAAGAUCAUCACGUUGCCUGAACGAUUGUUCGCCAACCGGACGGUCAGGAUCGUCCAGGCGAACGCCAACUCGCUCGUCUGUUUGCCGGACGCGAUAGCGGACGCCGGCGUUGCCGUGCUCGAGUUUACGGACAACUUGGGAUUCGAUUGCGCGUGCUUGGACAAAGUGAGACGUUUCGUCGAACGGGAUGCCAUCAGGGUCGUUUAUCCGGCGAUCAUAUGCGAGGACAAGACGCGUCAGGUCAACGUCGUCUACAACGUCAACAGGACGUACGAAAUUCCGUUGAUCGUAGACGUCUAAAGUUUCUGACAAACCGGGAUGCGGAAUGUGUCAUCCCCGAAGACAGAUGCGAGAACGUUGGCAGCGCGGCGUUGCGUAUUAGUUUAACCGUUCGCCAUAAAUUACGGCGGUUUCGCGCGAUGAUAAAUUAAUAUCGAUUAUAAAAAAACAAAUUGUCAAUGUGUAUCCUGUUUUGUUGUUUGGCGUAUCGUAUACGCACUCGCGUGAGACAUUUCUAUUAAUAAAUUUAGACUUCGAGGAGAGAUUGUACGUUUUCCGAAUACCCACCAUAAUUUUGCGAUUGUUUCCACGGAGAAUAGCGUCGAGGCGUCGCUAUUAGACCAGGCCAAUAUCACAAAAAAAUGAUACAUCGUAUAUACCGUUCUUCAUAAUUUUCUCUAGAUUUGUUGCAAUUUUGUGUGAGAAAAUAUGAUUUUUUACUGUUCAUUGCAUGUUUCUGGGGCCCUCUUUUCCAAAAAACGCCAUAUUUUUGCUCUAUCACGUUAUUUUUUUCAUGGCGCUGACAUGAACAUAUUUGUUCCAUGUUACGCAUGAUUUUUAAAUGAUUUGAUUUUUAGGAAAUUAAAUGUGAUUUGGCAACAUUGAAUAAUAUAAGAUUUCUCUGCAAGGCAACAGAGUUGGCGCAGAAGCGUGUAUUGGUCGUCGUGCCACUGUAUUCGCGGCUGUUGUCUCCGUUGUUGCGUAUUUCUAGUGAUCUAUAACGUAUACAGUAUAUUUAUUCCAAAUAAUUUUUGUUAUAUCUAACGUAGUUAUGUAAAGCAAAGACAAACUAUUACUUCUUUUGUGUAACGUGAAUUUUGGCUCUGGGUUCCUCAUAAUCCUUUCUUCCUCUCCGUAACAAAAAGGUAGGAAAAAAAGUUUAAGCUUUGGUGUUCCUAUAGUACUGUGAGAGCUUAGAAAUCACAGUGAUGAUUGUUUUUUUGGUUCGUGUAAUGUUCAAUUGUGUAGGCCAAUCUUGACUCUAUUAUUUGACCAAUGUACCGAUACUUAUCGCCCCAAAAGAACUAGAAAUCGUAAUAUCGUCAGAUCAGAUGACUCAGAUUUCACACCGGAUUUCAGAAAGCCCGAAAGUGUGCGAAUUGCAUCUUCCAAAGGAUGCAUCUGAAUUGUUAACUUCCACACUUCGUGACAAAAAAAAAAGAUAAAAGAAGGUAUUUUUGUUGGGCCGCAGAUAAGAACAUGACCAAUGACCAAUGAUCAAUGUCGAGAAAAACGCCUGGCUUUGAACUCUAAGGACGGCACGUAUUCUUCAAAAUAUGUUACAACACUUUCAUUGUCUAGGUUGAAGUUUUAAAGUGCAAAGUGUUCACACUUGAACUAUUUUCCUGAAUAUCUUGGAGCAAUUAGCGAAGAACAGGGAGAGAGGUUUCACCAGGAUAUUAAGGAAAUUGAACUACGUCACCGAGCAUAACGAUGAUGGUGGACUACUGCUGGAUAUUUAAACCCUUAAGCCCUUAAAGUCACACACCCGAAUGUCGGGAAAAUGCAGGCAGCUUUCCGGCAAAAAGACGAAGAUUCCACUCAAAAAAGUGCGAAUAAAGUUUUUUCACUUUUUUAACUGGGAUUCCACUCUUUUACUGAAUAAAAAAAAAUAAUUAUUUUCGAAAUAUAGUUUUUUUUAUUUAACAUUUGCAAAAAAAAUCUAACGCCCACUAAAAUUAUAUAAAAUCAGUUUUCAAAAUAAAAGCAUCUGUCAAAAAGUCUAAUUUUGGCACAAAUUUGGCAAUCUACCGACCUUUCCCUUGAUUUAUAAGCCUCUGCCCUUUGUCCUAGGACUGCCGUCUGUUAAAGGUGAUAAUGGUGACAAUAUACUUUAAUAUUGGCUGAAUGCCCUAGAACGCAUACCACCUUACGUGACAAACAAAUGCAUAGAAUUUUUAUAAAAAAUUAUAUAAGAUCAGUUUUCAAAAUAAAAACAUCUGUCAAAAAGUUUAAUUUUGUAGGCUUGUGUAUUUUGCAACUUCCAACUAACUUCCUUCCUACUUCCUACUUCUGAUAAUUUUCCAAAGCUUGUCAGAGCGUUCAUCAAAAGAUGAGAUGUUGAAAACUUUCUUUCUCCGAUAAUUUGCAAAGCGCUUGAAAAAUAUUUAAGAUUUGCAAUAAAAUUGGCCGAUUGCUAAAGAAUUAUAAUUGAUAACCUUUAUUUCAUGGUUCUUUGAAACUAUGUUGAAAAACCAAACCAAUUUUUGCGAUUAAUGAUACAGAGGGCCAACAGCAACAAAGACGAAAAAGGCACAAGUAGCCUGACGAAAACAG